UACUCCUGGAUGGGCUUCUCUAUCGAAAAUGGUAUAGAAUUUCAUGACGACCAGUAGGUGGAAGGGGAAUUUCAGGAUUUCUGGGGUCUAUUACCUCCAGAACUACCCCUCCGUAGUUCCGUGGAAAAUCAACCCGUUUUGAUAAGCACUGGGCUCCCCCUGCCAGCCCCCCGAAGAACAGGCGCCACCCGUAUUCUGACGUCGAAGAGUUCCCUAGCGCUUGGCUCCGCGGACAGGCCACAGUGUCAGACGCGAGGGAGUUGAACUUGUCAGAUGAAUAUCUACUGUGAUAUGUAUGAAGCAAAGGAAAGAAGCAUUCUUGCUGACUGACUAUCAGACCUCUUGCAAACAGUAUGCAGAAAUCCCCUUGCUACAUUCCCAUUGUGAGCAGUGCCACCCUGUGGGAUAGAAGCACACCCCAUGCAAAGCGCAUCCCUUGUUAUGAAAGAACUGCAGUGCCCUGCUCCAGAUUCAUUAAUCACAUGAAGAAUUUCUCUGAAUCUCUUAAAUUUCGUAGUCUACAGUUUCUAAAUUCUCCUGAUAAAUUAAGACAUAAUCCCAAGAAAGACCACAGUUUCUGGAGAAACUCUGGAACAUGCACAGUAUUUUCAGAAAGGCCUCGGAGUUCAGUGGAGUGUAAAAUACUACUUUCUACUUGCCAGUACAUAGUCCCCAGGUCUUCUGUAAGCACAGUUUCUUGUGAUGAAGAAAGCUAUGAAGAACUCUGUUCCUCUUCAGCACCAUCCAGUGAAACUGAUGAGGCCCCACUGAUUUUCACUGUUAGAGGAGAAACUGAGGGGACAGCCAGAGGAACACCCAAGCAAGCUUGGAACAGUUCAUUUUUGGAAGAACCAGUAAAAAAGCCUAACUGGGCGUACUUGGUAAAUCCUGUUCACCUGGAGGCUGAAGGCAUACAAAUGCAUAGACACACAAGACCUAUGGGCCAGCGCUUGAGCCAACCCAAGAAAAAUUCUAGUUCCACCGCCAGACCUUCCACUGCUAUCGGCCUCUGCAGGACGAGCCGGACCCCCUGCGCCCAGCAGAGCGCCGGCCCGAGUAACGCAGAGCUCAAGCCAGAGGAGAGGACGGCAGCCCCCGCAGGCGCUCGGGCACACCCCGACUUCCAAAGCGAACUCCUGGGCACGUCCGGAAAUCCCGUCAGAAGAGGCGCGGUUGCCAUGGCGCCGGAGAUGCUCCCCAAGCAUCCUCAUCCCCCGCGGGACAGGAGGCCUCGGGAGGACACCUCCCUCCAUGGCAAUCUGGCAGGAGCGCCCCUUCCUCUGCUGGCCGGUGCUCCCACCCAUUUCCCUUCCAAGAGGUUAAUAAAGGUUUGCUCCUCAGCACCCCCCCGCCCAACCCGGCGUUUCCAUACGGCUUGUUCACAGGCCCUUUCUAGGCCGGUGGUGAAUGCUCACUUACAUUGACCGCUGCGAGGGAAUUGUUCGGCGAGUGCUGCCCAUCUUCAAAUCAAUGCCGGCUCAGAACAACAGAAAGGGCCUCAGAUGUACUGGUUUCCACAGAACCAUUGUUAGGCUUUUGUGAGGCAUUUUUGAACCUAAUAAAUAAUGUCAAAAGUC